AUGCAUUCCCAUCACUCGCACUCAAUCGACUAUGUGGCGCAUGGGGUUGAUAGCCUUGAAGAUAUCGUGGCUCGUGCUGUGAAGAUGCAGUUCAAGUUAUAUUGCUUGACAGAACACAUGCCAAGGCUCGACCCCAAAUACCUAUACCCCGAAGAAAUUACCGGCAAGUCCGACGCUGACUUGAAGGCAUUACAAGAGAAGUUCAGAGGGUUUCUUGAACAUGCUUCUGAGAUUAAGGGGCGGGGUUAUGCAACAAAAUUCAUUAUAGGCACAGAGGUGGAGGGAUGCGAUACGCGCCAUAUCGCUUAUGCAAAAGAACUAAUGAAGCAGAAUAGUGGAGUUUUACAAUUCUGCAUCGGUUCAAUGCAUCACGUAAACGGAGUACCAAUCGACUUCGAUCAGAGAGAGUGGCUUAGAGCACUGGAAUUUGCCGGCAAUAAUUUAAAGCGACUCGUUAUUGAUUAUUUCGAGCAACAGUUCGUUAUGAUUUCUGAACUCAGGCCUUUAGUCGUUGGGCACUUUGAUUUAUUCCGCCUGUACUGUUCAAAGGAAGUUUUCAUCGACUCCACUUCUGGCCAGAAAGUUGAACACACACAUCCUGCCGCAGUCUGUGCAGCUGAGGUUUCUUUUAUUGACCUAUGGCCGGAAAUCAAGAUGCUUGCCUUGAGAAACAUAAAGCUCAUCGCUUCCUAUGGAGGCCUCAUUGAAAUAAACACAUCUGGCCUGCGGAAAAAACUCCGUGAUCCAUACCCCGGGCGAGAAUUUGCAAUGCUAGCCAAGUCUGUUGAAGGAACGAGAUUUGUGCUUAGUGACGAUGCUCACGGAGUUGCUCACGUUGGCGUAUGCUACAAUCAAGCGCUUUACUACAUAGACAGUGUGAUUCAAUUGGACCGGCUCCAUUUCAUUGAAGAUGCCGGCGGGGUUCUCAGUGUCAACUCCCUUAGCGUGGAAGACCUGAAGCGCCAACCUUUUUGGGACAGUUAUAACGCUGUUUUGCAGGAAGACAGCCGCUAA